ACAACCCUCCGAUUUGCUUACUUAAAAAGAAUCUAACGCUCCAGAUCAAUCCCCAACCAUCUUCUUUAUCUUCGCUCACCCUUCCUUCCUCACUUCCUCCACUUCUCUCUAAUUCAUUAUCUUCCAUCUCGAAAGACCCUUCCAUUUGCCUGCCAUGGCCGUUCUCCUCAAAACGCUGCCGUUUAAAUCCACUCCUCUUCCUCCUCUAUCUCCAUCCCUAAGACCCAUUUCCUUGAACUCUCCAAGGCCCUUUUAUGUCUGCUUCAAACAAAGACUUCCUCGUACACCCGGUGCCCUCUGGUUCAGCUCCUCUCCUUCUCUUCGGUUCGUAAAGUUGGUUCCUUUUGCUUCUAAUGGUGGUGAAACUGAAACCGCUGAGACCCAAGAAGAAGUUGAAGAACCUCAAAUUGAGGACUCUUCAGAUGGUGCUGUCAGUGUUGAAGAGGACACCACUGGAGAUGAGAGUAAUGAUUUUGAGGAUGCACCGUCUUCAACUAUCGUGUCAUUGCUCCAAACAUACAAAGAAGCUUUGGCCAGUAAUGACGAGUCAAAAGUUGCCGACAUAGAAGCGUUUUUAAAUUCCAUUGAAGAUGAGAAAGUUGAUCUUGAAAAGAAAAUGGCUUCUUUGUCAGAAGAAUUGUCAAUUGAGAAGGAUCGGGUUCUUAGGAUUAGUGCAGACUUUGACAACUUUCGUAAGAGAACAGAGAGAGAACGCCUUUCAUUGGUAAGUAACACCCAGGGAGAAGUGUUGGAAAAUUUAUUGCCUGUUUUGGAUAAUUUCGAGCGAGCGAAAGCACAAAUUAAGAUCGAGACAGAAGGAGAAGAGAAGAUCAAUAACAGCUACCAGAGCAUUUACAAGCAGCUUGUGGAGAUUUUGGGCUCGCUUGGUGUAGAACCUGUCAAAACAGUGGGAAAUCUCUUUGAUCCAAUGCUGCAUGAAGCGAUUAUGCGUGAGGAUUCAACAGAGUUUGAAGAAGGGAUCAUUCUUCAGGAAUUUCGGAAAGGGUUCAAGCUCGGAGAAAGGUUGUUACGGCCAUCAAUGGUUAAAGUAUCAGCUGGUCCAGGGCCUGCAAAGCCUGAACAAGGAGAGUCGUUGGAAAGUACAGAGAAGGGGGAGAGCAAUGAAGGUGGUGAAAGCAGUGGAAGUAGUGAAACCGACCCGGGAACUGCAGAGACAUCUUGAAGACAAAAUAAAGAAAAUGGAUUCAGUUUUGUUUGGUGGUGGUAAUAGUGUUAAUGUUAUCUCAAUUUUGGUUGGUGGUGGUAAUUUUUGUUUCUUUACAAUGAGAUGAGGAAAUGGCAUUGCAUUGGGAACAAAUGUCUGUAUAAACUGUUUCUAUCUCUGCUUCCAAACUUCUUUCUCUCGGAAAUCUUAACAACUUCAGAUUUUAUUGAAUUCCAUUAUGAAAUUUUGAUUUA